CGUGCCUCCGAAUCCCGCGCGACAGAAUCAUGUUUCGUUCGGAGAGGACGGAGGAAACCGGCGGACGCCACAGGGCAAGAAGUAUGGAUAUCACAUCAGAUUUCGCUCGCCUCAAGGUAUGCAUAUUAGAGAAGGCGUCGCGUAUAUCGGCGACCACGAAGAUGGAUCGCAUCACGAUCGGGCCUCAAUCGGCGCUGUACCAAGAAGAGUCUGACAAGGCGGAUAAUAUUGAGAACGAGCGAAAUUCCUGCAACAUUAAAAGUCCGCAAAUUGUUACCAGUCCCAAGUACAACAUGGUAGCCACUUCAAAUGGCAUUCAUUUCUCGACCAAGAAGCUUCAGCUGGAGAGGGAGCGGCAGCGGCAAGAAGAAGUCCAUCAAACCAUGUCCCGUCGUGUUCAGCACAUGGAGGAGAAUAAUCGUGCCAUCAAGGAGCAAAUGACUAUGUCGCUCUUGUUGAUGGCAAGUGAACGCAUACGCCAGAGCAAGGCGGGCAUUGAGGCUGAGGUAAAGCGAAUCGCGAAGCAGGAAGAGAUUGAGGAGAAGCAACGGUUGGCACAGCGCGAUCAAGAGCAAAAGGAAAGGCAAAGGGAGGAAUAUGAGAGGCAGUUGAAAGAAAAGGAAGAAGUAAAGAAGGUCGUGCUGAUCCAUCGAGGUCAAUGUAUGGCCAAGUACUAUGAUUUCAAGGCAUUAGCCAUGACUUGCAAAAAUGAGCAAGCAUUGAGUGUGCCCUUUGUGACAUAUGACGCAGAGUUGUUCCAACAACUUCAAGCUUUAGACGAGAAAAUUAAAAAUGAAGAGUUGUUAGAUAUAAAUAUUAGCGAGGAUGUAGUUCGUCACUUCGACCACGUGUUGAAUUCAUAUCGUAUGGAAAUAGAAAAAAUAAAUACUGAAUAUGAAGAGGAAUUGGCUCGCAAAGCGCAAGCUGCAAGCCAAGUACAGCCAGUCGAAGAGACAGACAGUGUUCCAGUUAGUGAUGUUAUGCCUCCUCAACAACCAGACGAGAGCAAUGCUGUGGAAAAUACAGAAGACCAAAGUUCUAGUGUGAUAACGAAUCAAGAAGCAGCCAUUCCAAUUAACGAAUCAGUUGUACCGUCCACAUCUGAUUAUAGAUCGGAAGAAGCGACUAAUGAUUUCACAUGCAGAAGAGGAGAUCCCUUCGAGUACGUUGACCAGGAAUCAUUGCAGAUUUACGUCAGAAGUAAACAAUUCUUGGAGCUCUAUACAGAAACUUGCAAAGACUUCUUACAAUCGGCUGCUACAAAGAAAUUCCGUUUUGAGUGCCAAAAGGCGAUCAAUAUACCUGUAAACGCAAUUUCCGGUGUAAGCGAGCAACACUUGAGAGACAAAUAUGACAGGCUCCAUAAUCUUUUGAUCGGAAAAUUGUCUCCUAACGUGACGCAACAUCCACAAGGCGUGAUCUUCUGCAAGAAUCAUCUGGCGAAGAAGAUAGUCAGCCAAGGCGAGACGUUGGUAUCUAGCAAGCCGGAAAUGGCAUUUCCUGUGGCGAUGAUUGUCGUGGCUCUCUGGAACGAGCAUCCCGAUUUUGGCGAACUGUUUCUGGCACAUCUUCACGAGGCGUGCCCGUUCACCGUGCCAGUUUUCUUGCAACAACAAGAAGGCCAGUCCAACGAGGAUUAUUAUAAAUCUCUCGGUUGCAAAUAUUCUGAAGACGGCACUGUUGAGCAGCAGGAUAAGUUCCUAAAGAGGAUGUCGGGAUUAAUAAGAUUGUAUGCAUCGAUUACCGUUACGAGACAACGGAAAGGUGUUACAAAAGUUCAUCCCUAUGGUCUUCAGCACGCCUGGAGAUGGUUGGCGGCUGUUUUAAAUAUCGAGCCACGAGCCGAUAUUUGUGAUUUAUGCGCGACUUUGAUACUGGACAUGCUCGAAGUCGCCGGUAAUGUGCUGUGUCAUGCGUAUCCGAAGCAGUUCAAUAAAUUGCUGGUGUUGUUAAUGGAGCAAUAUUAUCCGCGUAUGCAAAGUGUUGCGGGUGGCGGUGGCGGGCCUUUGGUACGGCUGGAGGAGUUUCUGAAAAACACCCUGAAGAGGGGCACUAUACGUCUCGCCGACGGAAUGCUUCCGCCUAACUUUUUCUGAUCUUCCGUGAAAAUAUCCCGACGACGUAGUGAUCUAAAUGUAGGCUGAAAUUUAUGACGAGUCUAGCGAUGAGCUAAAAAUAAGAAUCAAAUUUAAUAUGUACUUAAAAAUCCGAUGGGCUAAGAAUGGAAUCAAGUUUAAUAUGUACUUAAAAAUCCGAGUCACAUCCAAUAAUCAAGUUUUAUUUCCUGAAAUUCGAGUAAUAUUC